ACUGGACCUCCGAAAUGCCGCCCAAGAAGAAUGAACCCCCUCCGCCCGCGGCAGCGGAACCUGAAGAAACCGAGGAGAAGUUUGGAGUGUGGGAGGGAGAGAAGGACAAAAACCAGCUUCCCCACGGAAAGGGAAAAGCAACGUAUCCCAACGGAGACACGUUCGAGGGAACUAUCGAACACAAUCAACGGGAGAAGGAGGGUGUCUACACGUGGAAGCACGUGGAAGGAGCCAAGUGCGUCGCAGUGUACAAGGGCAGCUACGAGUCCAAUCUCAAGCAUGGCAAUGGCACUAUGACGUACCCUGACGGCGGAGUCUACGAGGGCUCCUGGGAUCAUGGCCUCAGGCAAGGGCAGGGAACCUUCAAGUAUCCCAACGGCGACUCGUAUGUUGGUAGCUGGUCGCAGGGGAAGAAGUCAGGGCAGGGAAUCUACUUCUCGUUCGCGGGAUCAUGCUGGUACUCAGGGGUGUGGAAGGAUGGGAACUUUCAGGAAGGAGAAUGGCUGUUCAAGGACAGGAGCAAGUACAUCGGAGCCUUCCGGGAUGGCAAGCCAGCUCCUGGAGAGGGCGUCUUUGUCUUUCCUAACGGAAACAGGCUCAAGGGACAGUGGAUCGAAGAGCAUGUGGAGGGUUCUGAGGAUCCGCCUAAGCUCUACUGGGUUGGAGGAGAACUGGAAGUUCAGUCCACAUGAUGCGCCUCUCGAUUGCUUCUUCUUAUGGACCGUGAGGAGGAAGCGAUCAGAUCAGAUCUUGAAGAAGAGGUUGUAAAUUAAAGGAUAAGCUGAUCUCUCC